AGGUAGGUGCAUUGAUUGCAUUGCAUUAACAGUGAAAACAAUGUCGGACAGCAGGCACUGCACUGCACAGGCACAGAGCACUGGACGAACACACACGGCACACACAUCCCCCCCUCGUUAGUCAGAAUGUGUCUCCCAGCAAUCAACGUGUCCGUCCGCAUGAUGCAUACACGAAUUGCCCGUUCACCCACCCCCCAUCCAUCCAUCCAUCCAUCCAUCCCAUCAUCUGGCCGUACAGGCCGUCUCAACACUCCCACAGCCCCUCCUGACACUUCCACCCCCAAUCGACGCAUGCUGCCUCAUCUCCGUCUACGUCACCAAAGGCAGCCGAGGCAGCCGCUCCUUCCUCGCCAAAUCCUGCAGAAUCCUCAGCUGCCUCUCCCUCUCCCUCACCUCCAGCCAUUUCCUUCUCGUUCUCUCCAGCUGGUCGGCCUGCCGCACCGCGCCACGGAACAGCGCAGUGAAUGCGCGGCGCUCCUCGUCCAUUGCCUGCUUCAUGUGGUGCCGCUCGAGCGCCGUCUGCAGUCGGGUGGACUCCUCGAUGCGCUGCGUGUCGGCGAGCUGAUCGACGAGGAAAGGGCUGCUACUCAGCCGCCGAGCCCAUCUUCUUUCCUGGUCCAUUCUGUGUCUCAGCGACGACCUCCGAAGGUCCUCUCUCUCCCGCAAGAUGGCGUCCCUAAUGGCGUCUCGCUCAGCAUACAGCUGCGAGAACAUCCGUGUGGAGCUGGCGCGGGCGUGGGCAGCGUGAUGAGUGCGCCGCAGCACGCGUUCGUCGACAAAUGGCGGGGCUCUGGGCGAGAGAGGGGGGAGGAAGGUGGGAGGGCAGGGGGCGUCGGAGAGCUCAUCUGGCUCCACAGAUGGCUCGUCCAGAGCAUCGUCGUGGUCUACGGGCUGGUCGUUCUCUGUCAUUUUGGGCUUUCGAG